AUGUUGCACUGGCUCCACAUACAUCAAACUCCCCUGCUAGAGUUGAAGUCGGACGCCCGGAUCAGGAUCCAUGUCUUUCCUGGCGAUUUGUUGGUCCUUCCAGCAGGUAUUUACCACCGCUUCACACUGGAUGAAAGCAAUGCCAUCAAAACAUUGCGCCUUUUCAAGGAUGAACCAAAGUGGACCGAUUUGAGGACACAGAUAUCAAUCCCUUCGGGGUCAAAUACGUUCAGGAUGAGCUUCUGUGCUGCCAGAAUGACUGUAGAAACUAUUACUUGCAAACUGAGAAUUGUAUAUGCAUCGCCUACCUCUUAA